AUGCUACAGCUGAAUCCAGUAAUACAUCCAAAUACAUCAAACAGACAUUUUAAGUUUGAACCAUUUUUACGUCAGGAAUAUAAUUUUGGUCUUGAUCCUGAUCGUCCAGUAUGUCAAUUCUACAACCCAUUAAAUCCUGACAAUUCUUGUCCCCAGGGCAACAACUGUCCUAAUAAACACGUAUCUGCAAUGUAUUCCAAUAAGAUUGUUUGUAAACAUUGGUUAAGAGGAUUAUGUAAAAAGGGUGAUCAUUGCGAGUUCUUACAUGAAUACAAUUUAAGAAAAAUGCCUGAAUGUUUGUUUUAUUCCAAAAAUGGCUACUGUACUCAAACAUCAGAGUGUUUGUAUCUACAUGUUGAUCCUCAACUGAAAAUACCAGAAUGCUUAAACUAUAAUCAAGGGUUCUGUAGUGAAGGUCCCAAUUGUAAGAAUCGUCAUGUCAGACGAGUGCUAUGCCCGUUAUAUCUUUAUGGAUUCUGUCCAAAAGGCCCUGAAUGUGAAUUUACUCAUCCCAAGUUUGAUUUCCAUAAUUUGAAUUUAAGAAUUAGACCCGAUAAUUUGAUACAAAUGACAAGUAAACAUGUGGAUAAUUCAAAGGAAGAAUCAGAUAAGAAAGAAGAUUCAGAACCGAAGGAAGAAAGUAUAUAG